CCAAGGUCCAACCAAAUGAGAAACCAACCUCUCCCACCUCCUUUUCUUUCCCUUGCUGUCUUCCUUCUCAUCUCCUCCUCCUCCUCCUCCUCCUCCUUCCAUAUUGAAACUUCUACAGUUCAGAACUACAUAGAAAAAGGCUCUUCUCUCUCUGUUGAACAUGACUCAGACCUUAUCACAUCCCCAGACAAUUCCUUCACCUGUGGCUUUUAUGGGUCGGGAGGCAAUGCUUAUUGGUUUGCUAUAUGGUUCACAAAUUCAAGCGACAGAACCGUUGUUUGGAUGGCUAACCGAGAGAAGCCGGUCAACGGGCGUGGCUCGAAGGUAUCGCUGAAGAGAGAUGGUGCCAUGGCCUUAACUGAUGUUGAUGGCACUGUGGUCUGGGAGACCAAUACCACCUCUACUGGAGUUAGAAGAGCUGAGCUUCUUAAUACUGGUAAUCUUGUUUUGAAAGACCCAAAAGGUAAUAUCAUCAGGCAAAGCUUUGAUUACCCUACUGAUACUCUUUUGCCUUCUCAAACCCUUACCAAGAGCAAGAAAUUGAUAUCUGCAUUAAGAAAAGGAAGUUACGUAUCUGGGUAUUUUAGUUUGUUUUUUGAUAGUGAUAAUGUGUUGAGAUUGGUCUAUGACGGUCCUGAGAUAUCAAGCUUAUAUUUGCCGAACCCUGAUUUUGAUGUGUUUGGGAAUGGAAGGACUAACUACAACAGUAGCAGAAUCGCAGUUUUGGAUGAUAUGGGCUUUAUAGCUUGGAUAGUUCAAAUGGAUCAUGGGCAGUUUCAUGGGAAGCUCUUGCACAACCGUGUAAUGUGCAUGGGCUGUGUGGAAGAAAUGGGAUUUGUGUAUAUACACCAGAACAUAAGUGUUCUUGCCCUCCUGGUUAUGUGGUAAAUGACCUGAGUGAUUGGAAUCAAGGUUGCAGGCCUACGUUCAAUCGAACAUGUUCAAAAUCUCAGCAGAACAUUGCAGGGAACUUUGCUUAGAUGAUUGCCUUUGUCAAGCAUUUAGCUACAGGUUGACAGGAACAGGAGUAUGUUACACCAAAAGUGCACUUUUCAAUGGCUAUAAGUCUCUAGCUUUCCCAGGUAGUAUAUAUAUAAAACUCCCGGCAAGUCUCCCAGCAUCAGAACCCACAAUUCUUAAUGGCUCCAAUGCCAUAUGUGGAUCAGGGGAACCUACAAUACUUGUAGGUUCUCCUUCUAUGUAUGACACAGUGGGUAAAAGGGUGAAAUGGGUUUAUCUAUACUCAUUUGGUUUGGCCAUUGGUGUAAUUGAAAUUUUCUUUAUUUUUUCAGGCUGGUGGUUUUUAUUUAGGAGGCAUGGUGUGUCGGCUGCGCUGGAAGAUGGAUAUCUUGGGAUAUCAAGUCCGUUCAGGAAGUUCAGUUAUGCUGAACUCAAAAAGGCAACCAAGAAUUUCAAGACAGAGCUAGGAAGAGGUUGCUCUGGUGCUGUUUACAAGGGUGUUUUGGCGGAUGAGAGGGUGGUGGCGGUGAAGAGACUGGGAGAUGUGCCUCAAGGGGAAGAAGAAUUUCGGGCAGAAAUGAGCACAAUUGGACAGAUCAAUCACAUGAACUUGGUGAGAAUGUGGGGAUUCUGUUCGGAAAGGAGACAAAGACUCUUAGUCUAUGAGUAUGUUGAAAAUCUGUCACUUGACAAGCACUUGUUCACCUCCACUUUCCUUGAAUGGAAAGAAAGGUUCAAAGUUGCAUUGGGGACGGCCAAAGGUUUGGCCUAUCUUCACCAUGAGUGUCUAGAAUGGGUUAUCCACUGUGAUGUGAAGCCAGAAAAUAUACUUCUAGACAGUGAAUUUGAAUCCAAAAUUGCUGAUUUUGGGCUAGCAAAGCUGUCCCAGAGAGGUGGCUCUGGUUCAGAGUUCUCUAUGAUUCGAGGAACAAAAGGGUACAUGGCUCCAGAGUGGGCUCUGAACCUUCCAAUUACUGCAAAAGUUGAUGUUUACAGCUAUGGGGUUGUAAUUCUAGAGAUGAUCAAGGGAAUUCGGCUUUCAAAUUGGGUGGUAGAGGAAACUGAGGAACAGGAAGCAGAGCUUACAAAGUUUGUCAGGAUAGUGAAGACGAAAAUCCAGUGUGGAGAAGAUUCUUGGAUAGAGGAUAUAUUGGAUCCAAGAUUGGAAGGGCAGUUUAGCAGGAAUCAGGCAGCUAUCCUGGUUGAGAUAGGUCUAUCCUGCAUAGACGAUGAUAGAAACAAGCGACCUACAAUGGAUUCAGUAGUCCAAGCUCUACAAGAAUGUCAAGAUGAAUUAGUAACAUAUACUCCAAACAACCUGUAAUAUCAUUUUGUUUUUGCCUAUGUUUUUUUUUUUUUGGUUUUAAUUUUGCCUUUGUUGUGGGUUUGUAUUUUAGUUCUGUGUCUAGGAAACUUUUAGUCUUUGGCCAUAAAGCACUGUUCAGAUUGGUAACCUUAGUGUGCAGUGUUUGUAAAGAAAACUAACGAAAAAUUAAUUUAAUCUGAUACAUGCUUGAGUUUCUUUCUGGUGUCGGAGCAAAUUAAAUGAAAAUCAA